UUGAAUUGCAUUUAUCUCAGAUAUGUAUAUAACCUUGGUAUGGUUGUUAUAUAGCUUCAUGGAUUUUGAUACAAAAGGAAAAUUCAUUUAAGGGUUGUAUAAUGUAGAUUCCUAAUUAAAUGCAAGGAAUCUGCCUAAAAUUGCAAGAAGCACAUAUCGCAGAUUUUAAAAUCUCACUUUUAUUUUUCCAACAGAUGCUAUGAUAAGAAUUUGGUGUUUGCGAUUUGAUGCAAAACGUUUGAAUCGCAAGAUUAAGUACUUGCAUUAAAUAAGGAAUCCACAGUAGUGACUGCACCGGUGUUUCUUUGUAUUAAAUUAAUGUCAUGAAUACUUUAAGGUUUUGAAGUUCUAAAAAUUUUACUAUUUAUUUGUACAUUUACUCAGCUAUAAGUUACCAUUUAAAAUUAGAGCUUUUUUAAGACCUUUACUAUCAAUGAAUUACUAAUCAAGUUAAAGGCUGAAUCUUAAGAUAGAUUAUAAAGGUGCUGCCAAUGUCAACUGAUCCCAACCAAUUCUGGUAUUAUUUAUAGGUGUCACAUUUCAGAUGUUUCAUCUUUUGUUCAGAUAUUGAUACUGAAGUGAAAAUUUAUGAUUAAUGGUUAAAACCUGCUUUAUUCCAUAUGUACAUGCAGCUUUAUCUCAAUGACCGCUGUAUAGUCUAUGCUAAUUUUAUGGUCUUGGUCCAUGCCGAGGUGAUGUUUUUUGCCCUGUCUUGUCUUCUGAUGAUGGUACGAGAUGUGAACAUUUUUCUCUGCUUGAUCUCAAGUUUUGUAUCUUAAUGUCUUGUGCUUCAAUAGAAAAAAGCACAUUAUGAGGAACCUUAGAAGAGACAUCUAAAUCAUUCCUGUCACCCCUUGAAUGCUUUUUAGUUUAAUGUUUUGAUAAAAUUAUGUUUUUAUGGGAAAAAGAAAAAAAGGGAUUAUUGGGGAUUGCUGUAAUGUAAUCAACCUCCUUUUGAAAGGAUAAAAAAUUUGAAUAUUUUGAGGGCAAGAUUUUAAAAAACCUGGAAAAGAUGGUACCACUGGGCAUUUUGACACCUGUGUUUGGAAGGACUAUCACGGUAGAAUGUUUAUCCUAUGAUUCUUGACGCUAAUUGAAUAUGGGAGAAAAUUUGACUACCAAUGAAGUAGUUUUUACCAAGGCUGAAAGUGAUUGAUGGAUAAUAGUUAUGUAUCACACUUUUUAAAGAAGAAAAAGAGGAGUGUUCUGGCUGUGGUGUAAACGCUGCAACUUCAAAGGCUGGACACGGAGUGGUGGUUGAUGGUGAAAAAUGAAGAAAUUCAGUAUUCUAUGGCCAUUAUUUUGAUCAUUAUGGGUGUUAAUAUACAGACUUGCUGAAAUGCUGCAUUUAGUUCAUUAUUGAGAUGACCAUUUUACCCAAUGGCAGGGCACUGCGACAGAUCUAGGAUGUGGUACUCUUCAUGAACCAGAGAGGAUGAAAUCCCUUGUGUCUUUGAUUCUGGUCUCAUCAUGUUUGGGAAUGGUCCCCCAAUUUCUGGAGGAACCAGAGUCUAUGGCAGUAGCUCCUCAGUCCUCCGUGACACUGCCGUGUAAAGUGAGGGACCCAAAAAGUACUGUUGUGCGGUGGAAAUUCAACGGAGAUUUUGUGAAAGAGAAUGAUGCUAAAAAAUUUCAAAUAAAUGGAACAGAUUUAUAUAUCGAAAGUUUCAAACAUAGACGAAGAGUAGAAUCCAAUGAAGGAAUUUAUCAGUGUAUAGCAAGAAAUGAGGCGGGAUCAUUGGCCAGUAAACCAGCCAGGCUCUCUAAAGCAGCACUGAAACCAUUCAAGGGCCGGGAGGACCUCCAUCUGACUGUGUUGGAGGGACUAAACAUCAAUCUACCUUGUGAGCCCCCAGCCAGCAACCCCCCAGCCACCAUCUUGUUCCUAGUGAAUGGUUCCAGUGUCAUCUCAGGGAAAUCUGGGAGGUUCCAGGCCUUUGCUGAUGGCAGCAUGCUGAUACACAACGCUAGUCUGUCCGACUCAGGACAGUACCGCUGUAUGGCAGUCAACUCAGUGACUGGACGGAACAGAACAGCCAAUCACAUCAUCCAUCUCCAAGUCCUGCGGUCCACGGAGGUUAAACCUCUAGAAAAGGAGCCAGCCAUCAUCCUAUCCUCUACCACCAUCAAAGCUGGCAAGGGAGAAAAUACCGUCCUGGAAUGUGGAGCUGAUGGUUCCCCACCCCCCAACAUUACAUGGGACCGCUAUGGUGGUCGCCUUGCCCCAGACAGACACACAGUCAAAAGUGGAAACCUUCAUAUCUUUAACCUUACACAAGCUGAUGAAGGAACAUACCUUUGCACAGCCAACAAUGGGAUUGGUACACAGCAAGUCAAGGCCAUGGAGUUAAAUGUAGAAGAACCCCCAGUUAUAACCACUAAAUCAGACAAGUUAGAGGUCAAGGCUGGUGACUCUGUCCAGCUGACCUGUGAGGUCAAGGGCAAACCAGUGCCCGAGAUUAUUUGGUACCAUAAUGCAGUUCCUGCAACCAACUUGAUAACUGGGCCAGAGAAUGGAGUGACCACUCACACCAUCAACAAUAUUCGGAAAUCAGAGGCAGGAAUCUACCAGUGCAUGUCCAGCAAUGAUGCGGGGAUGGCCUACUCUGCCAUUGAAGUCAAGGUCAUUGGGGACCAACCUGCUGUCGACAAUGAGGUGCCAGAUUAUAUCGGCAAAAUUCUUCCAGGUGGUGAAAUUUCUGGUGGAGUCAUGAAUGGUAGUAGCUCCAAAACCUCGAGAAACAGAGACAAUCGCAGGAACGGGAAACGCAGGAAAAGUCAGAAAAAGAAGAAACGAAGGAAGAACAAGAAAAGAAAUAGAGGACGACCUUCAAAUGAUGGUCCCACAGUGAAAUUAGUCCCUCCCAGUGCCCCUGAUGUUGUCCAGCUGUCGGACACUUCGGUGAAGCUGAACUGGACCGUCCCCAGUAACGAUGGCCUCUCUAUCACAUUCUUCCGCAUUCAGUACCGCGCCAUCAAACCUAAAAAGACCCAGUGGAAGACGGAAGAUACGGAUGUGAGGGGCGAUCAGAGGAUGUAUGAACUCAUCCACCUCAAGCAAGAGGGGACCUAUAAGUUCCGAGUGGCUGCUGUGUACUCCAACAAUGACAACAAGCAUGGACCCACCUCCAAAAAGUUCACCCUCACGACGGCCCCUUACUCAGAACCCCAGGCCCCGGAGGGUGCCCCAGUUAUUGUUGAGGUCAAACCUGUUGAAUUCCAGAAAAUGCAUGGGCUCAAUGUUAAAUGGAAUUAUGUACCCAAAAAGAAAUCCCCAAUUGAAGGCUUUACACUUCACUACAAAGAAUACAGUGCCAACAACAACUUCACCGCCCUACAGCUACUGGAGCCUACUAUAAGGUCCUACAUGAUCCAGGACCUCAAACCUGCCACAGAGUACACCAUCAAAGUCCAGAGCUUCAACACAGCAGGCCACAGUGAUCUCAGCAAUGAGGUGGUGAUGAGGACAAAGGGAGGUAACCCUUUUGUUCCACCCAUUGGUAACAAUGGUCAACCAAUCCCAAACGUGGACAAUCAGUGGCCCUCUCAAGCCCCGCCCACUCCAUCUCGCCCCAGUGUAGAUGCCAAGGAGCAGGAGAGGAAUAAUACUCAGUCGAGCAGCGAAAUGUUGUACAUGGUACUGGGGAUAGUCCUGGGAGUCAUGAUGCUGCUCCUCAUCAUCUUCAUGUUCAUGUGCUGGUGGAAGCAGAGACAGCAGAGAAGGAUGAUGGAUGCAAUGAAUGACGCAGUGUGCCGGAAGUUCCAGGACUCUUCUCAGAGAAUCUACGCCGACAGUUUACACAAGAAAUACCCCAAUGGAGGCGGGUUUGGGUGUAAUGGGGUAAAUGGGUCAAUACCCAAUGGGCAUGCUGGAAAUGCCUACACCCGAAUGAACAUUAGUGUUAAUCCAUUGUCAGAUAUUGAUGUCACCAACCAUAAUGGUGGAUCCAAUUUUCAGGCAACAACAUUUGUGCCGAACGGCAACCUACCAAGUCAUUUCAAUGAAAGUGAUAAUAAUUUUAAUAAAAUAAACCGCAGUAUGGACGGUUCAGUACACAGUACUUCUCAUCAUAGCCAACAGUGCAUAGAGACCUUAGACUCCAUGGGAGGGGGUGAGGCACCAGCCUGUCCCCCCUCCCCCCAUUGCCAAGUGCCAACAGGAUUUAACAGUGAUUUCAAUUCAGACUCUCAGCAGGAAAAUUAUUCUCGUGGGGGAUGUGAUCCCCACAUGGGAAUGUCCCCUCAGGGGAGUAGCAGGGACAUAGGAGUGCAUUAUUCUUGUGACAGUUUGACGACAAGUGAAGGUGCUGCUAAUUCUGGGAAACCCAAACGUCGGCGGAAACGCGUGAUGAGUCGGGAUCAUGGGAUGCGGGAUCAGGCCACCAACACAGAUCUAAGUAGCAAUGAAGGAACAAUAGAGUUCUCCUCCUAUGACAGAGCAUUAAGUUCAUCUCAGAUUUCUGGUCAGAAUUCAUUUCAAACUCAGACUUUUACCUCCUCCUCUCCAAAUUCUCAGUUAACACAAUCAAAUGAGGAGCUAUGACAUCGUCCAUUGUCUGGGAACUCUUCAUCCUCUGCCACAGAGUCCUCAAGGGGACAUCAACAGUGUGAGGCUCUGACUUCCAGAAUUUUCAUUGCCCGUCAAAGAAUCCCCUCCUCCUAGAAAAAAAUCCUCCACUGGGGAUGACCAUGCAGGGUUGACUGUGUCCGUCACCAUACAAAUGUUGGUCGUCAUCUGCUUGUGUUAGUUGCUCGUGGGUAGAGCAAGUGCACUCGACGGAUUCAACAUGGUUGAAACAAACUAUUGAGAGAGUCUGAUUGAGCCACCCUAUUUGAUUUGUUUAACGAGAAUUUUUAUUUGUAUUCACACCAAACAUCACAUGGCCUGUAUUGUUUUUAUUUCGUCUUACUUUGUACAUUAACGAGAAUGUUUGCAUACCUGUGUAUUUUAAUUAAGACUGUAAUAACUACACAAUAUGAUAUUACCUCAGUUUUUUUUAGUUAGUUAAAAAAUUUCAAGAGAGCCAAAGAGGAAAGCAAGCGUACAAUGUGAUCUGUGUUAUUGUAGUGUGUGGUGAAGUGCAGGAGUGGAUGGAACAUUAGUUAGGUGGAGAAAAAGUCUAUGUCUUGUCUUAUUCAAAUUUUUAUUAGCCUUUUAAGAAGUUGAAAUUCCGUGAGUCAAAUGUAAAAACAAACUCUCUUGUCUGGCUUCUUAUCAUCAGUUCAUUCAAUUAUAGCCAGUCUUAGUCAGAUGUCAGGGAUUUGUGGAUGAAAGUUCUUUUUACAAUAAUGUCAAAUAAGAUUUAAUUAAUCAAGUCGGUAAAAUUAUAAUUUUUAUCUGUCGUAUGUUUGAGAAAUGAAAGUAGAUCAUAAAAGUGGCAUUUAAUAUUAAAAGGUUGUUUAACAUGACACACUGAUAUUCCUUGAGUCUAGAUUUAUGUCCACUUGUAUCUACAUCGGCCAUGCUUGAGAUUUAAAGACCAACAAAAGUCGCUGGAUGUAUGUGUACAGUAAGGGUGUGUGAGUGUGACGAUGCAAUAUCUUUCUUUAAACAUGUGAUGUAGAAAUAUGAUUGUUCUCCUAUGGAGUGUGAAGGAGGACAUUUUCAAAGGGUAAAACUCACUAGAAUUCACCAAUGUGUAAUUACUGUCCUUGUUUAUAUGUAUAUGUAUGUCCAUUAUGCCAUUUGAAAUGACGAGAUAACGAGAAUUACCAUAUUGAUCUUUAAUUUAUCCUGUUAAUAUGACUUGUCGCCUGCGAAGAAGAAAAAUAACCUGUUUUCUAUUCCUCGUUCUUGUAGUAUUUCUAACAUUUUUCACUCAAGAAAUUUCAGAUUUCUUUCAUGAAAACUUUUUCAAAUGAAAUUUAUAAACACAAGGCUCUACAAUUCAAGAAAAGAAUGAUCUUUACAAAGGUUCAUUUAUUAUUUACUGGUUAUGAAACUGUUUGUAAGCUGUGCCGUCACUUUGAGGAAUAGAGACGUCGAUGUUAUGAUCUGUCGUGUUAUGUUCAGUAUUAAAUCUUUUCUGUUGUUUCUUUUUAAGUUAAUUUGGUUUGUGCCUGGCUGUAAGUUUUGUUUGAAAUGCUAAUGAGAGAGAAAGAGACAUAUAUGCUUAUUAGAAUGGAUGGAUAUUUGUGUCAAGAUGAGAUGGCAUGAAAAAUACACACUGGAAAUAAAUAUUUUCUUAAAAACAUUCAACAAGAGAUUUAUGCUUAGCAGCAUCAACUACAGAAAUUGUGCUUAUUUUUCUAUUCCAGAACUCCUUACAAGUUGCUUUCUUACAUGUAGAUGCAAAUAUAGGCAAAAUCAUAUUAAAUAAAUAAUACAAUGUUAAAAAAUUAAUUUAGCCUUGCAGUUAUAUUGCAUUGUCCCAAAAUGUUUGCUUUAACUAACUAGGACACAUGUAUGCAUUUCAUGUGUACCCAUUGUUGCUUCUAUUUGUUUCUUGUUUUGAUCCAAGAUUUGUGAUAUUGGGUAUUCUCUAUUGCUCUACAUCCAUAUUUCUUACACACAGGCAAUGCUUACUACAGCAAAACAGUUAUAAAAAAAACAGUCUGAUACAAAAAUGUACUAUUGGUAAUGCUGACAUCAAAGUCUACCAGCUCUGGAAUAUGUGUUAUAUUAAAGUUAUGUAAUAGAAAGAAUUCAAAACUAUCUAUAACAAAGAUUGUUAUAGAUAGAUUUGAAGCAUUUGAAUUAAAAAAAUUAAAUAAAACACUUAUCUUCUGGCAACAACAAACGAUUAAACAUUAAAAUGUAGAAGAUUGUUACCAUACUCCUAUGGAGUUCAGUGUUGAAAUACUGUACUUUAAAAGUCUCAUUUUUUGUUUACAUUAGACGACCAUUAUUUAAUUGAAUCUGUUGUUAGAAUCGAUUGUUAUCAGAUUCAUAUCAGGAAUUUUUAGAGUAGAAAGAGUCUGAGCUAGUAGAUUGUGAUGUCAGCUUCACACAGCAGUAAUGUGAUAUAAAUCUGAUUGUUUACUUCUGUGUUAAGUUAAGGUGAGAUUGUUGUCCAAAAUGUUAUAUAUUAUGAAUGAAUAUUGUGUAUGCAUUGUUGAAAAAUGAUAAAUACUCAAUUAAAAUUGUAUCAAGAAUGCACA